AUGUCCACAGACGCUUGGGAAGAAAUUCAAGCGAUCAAAAGCAAACGAAACAGCUUAUGGGAGCGUUUGGAGAAACGGAAAAAAGAAAGACAAGAAUUGUUAGGUUCUAGUUUAGGUUCUCCAUCGCCUGUUAGCUCAUCCGAUGGGGCUUCUAAGCCUUUUGCUGCACACGCAAACGUUUCCGUGAAAGAGGAACCAAAAUUCGAAGAAAAACUCGAUUUGGUAAAACUAGACCCCGAACUCGAAAAGGAACUCUUAAAGCAACUCAGCGAAGUAACUCUCCAGCUUCCUAUAACCUCUUUGGAGCUACUGAAUUUACUAAAAGGCUCCGACGAAGAGAGCUUGCACAGAAAAACAUGCAAUCUUCUGGAGAAGUUCGCUAUCCAGAAACUAAUAUCGGUCAAUUGCACAUCGAAAGACGGCAAUAAUUUACUCGAAGUAGUACACGUGGAAGUCUCCAAAGUAAACGCCAUGAUUGUUGAUAGUUCGGAAUACAAAAAUGAUUCAAGUAAGGACGAUUUAAAGAGGAAACGAGAAGACUCCCCCGAGAAAAGUUCAGAGUUAGAUGAGGAGAAGAGGAAAAAGGAGAAGAAAGAACCUAAAGCGGAUAUAUUAAGUUUAUUGAGCAUGCCAUCGACAAAAGAAAAGGAAAGCAAGAAACUAGGCGAAGAAAUCUGGGACUUGUUGAGCAAGCCUACAGCCAAAGAACGAUCGCUCACAGAACGCUUCAAAUCCCAAGGGGGCAAACAGCUCAUGGAAUUCUGUCCGCACGGCACUCGAUUAGACUGCGAACGAAACGGUACAGCGGAUUGCAAAAAGCUGCACUUCAAAAAGAUCCUUCAAAAGCACACCGACGAAUCGCUCGGAGACUGUUCCUUCCUCAACACCUGCUUCCACAUGGAUACUUGCAAAUACGUCCAUUAUGAAGUCGAUAGAGCCGGUAAUUCCGAUGAUGCACCGGCCGUUUCGAGCGGUCCCGUGGUACGAGUAGAGAGCACCACUUUGUUCCCGCCUCAAUGGGUCCAGUGCGAUUUGAGAUAUUUGGAUAUGACUGUGUUAGGUAAAUUUGCUGUAAUAAUGGCGGAUCCUCCUUGGGAUAUUCAUAUGGAACUUCCGUACGGUACCAUGUCUGAUGAUGAAAUGCGACAACUGGGCAUUCCGCAACUGCAAGAUGAAGGAUUGAUAUUUCUGUGGGUGACUGGAAGGGCUAUGGAAUUGGGCCGGGAAUGCUUGCAACUUUGGGGAUACGAAAGGGUGGACGAAAUAAUAUGGGUGAAAACUAAUCAGUUGCAGCGAAUAAUUAGGACCGGUAGAACGGGGCAUUGGUUGAAUCACGGCAAGGAACAUUGUCUCGUCGGUAUGAAAGGCAACCCGAAAAAUUUAAAUAGAGGACUGGAUUCCGAUGUUAUCGUAGCCGAAGUCAGAGCUACUAGUCACAAACCAGACGAGAUUUACGGCAUGAUCGAGAGACUAUCUCCUGGUACCAGGAAAAUCGAGUUGUUUGGCAGACCGCACAACAUUCAACCCAAUUGGAUAACGUUGGGGAAUCAAGUCGACGGUAUAAGGAUAUUAGAUCCGGUUUUAAGGGAAAACUUUAGGAAACGGUACCCGACUGGAAAUUGUAUGGCUCCGCCGCCGGAAAACACUCAUUCCUAA